AUGAUAGGGUACGGUGUGAUGAUAAUUUCUAAAAUCUUCCAACCACCAAAAUUAAAGUUAUUGGGAGUAAUCCUAAUUUUCAUAUUAUACUCUAUUACAUUCACAGUAAUGGCAAAUUUUAAUUAUAAUGAAGCCUAUUUUGAAAUGACAGAUGAAUCUGGAUUAAUGUUUACUAUUAAACUUGAAUCCAGUGAUACUAUAAGAGAAGCUAGAUCAAUUCUAACUGGAAAAGAAAAGAAACGUGUUCAUGUUAUGGGUAAAAUAUUAAUCAACAAGGUUGAAUAUAAUACAAAAUAUUCAUUCCAUUAUCAUCCUGAAACGAUUCAAUUUUUUGAACAUACAAUUGAAGAUUGUGAUGCUACUAUUGAUUGUGUUGAAAGACAUUAUAAAGUAACUGGAACAUCAUCAUUAUUACCAAAUCAUUUUUGGUGUCCAUGGAGUUCAAAACUUGUAAGAGAAGUAACCUAUCAAGAAUUAGAUUCAAGUCAUAGUAGUAGUAGUAGUAAUAAUCAACAACAACAACAACAACAACAUAAUCAUAAUACACCUUUACCUCCUAUUCCAACAACAAAAACACAUAAAGUAGAAGCAACGGUAGCAAUGGAUACAACCAACCCAAGUAUAAAUAAUGACUAUAUAGCACAAGAAAAGAAUAUUGAUCAUUUAAUAUUGUUGGUACACGGUAUUGGUAAACAUGAAGAGAAUUGGAGAAGCAAGAUUGCAAAGGUCAAUACGUUGUUUGAGAGUGUGUGCAAGGCAACGUUUAUCGAAAAGAAUAUCAAGUUUGUUGGCGUUGAAUGGCACUCUGCACUACACCUCAAGACAGAUGCACUCAUCCAAAAGGUGACUCCCCCAUCCAUCCCAGUUGUGCAUGCACUCAUCAAUCACACACUACUCGAUAUAUUGUUUUGGACAUCACCUACCUACUCGCAGACCAUCUACACCGAGGUGGGCGAUCAACUCAACGCAGUCUACCAAAACUUUAUCAAAGAGCACCCAACGUUUACUGGCAAGGUACAUGUACUUGCUCAUUCGCUUGGUAGUAUGAUCACAUAUGAUAUUCUCUGUCACCAACCAUUUGAUCAAAAGGAACACGACCAAUACAUCAUGAAACAGUCACCUCGUAAAUCAACAUCAAGAUCACCUCAAUCGACUAGUGGCAAUACCACCCCAACCAUGAGAAAAAACAAUUCAUCUCUUUCAUUGGAAGAUGAAGAAAAGCGUUCAAAUGCAUAUACAAAUGCAGACCAACAUAGUAAUCAUGGAGAUGAUUUAGAUUACUUUAACUAUUUACAAGACCAAAUUCCAAUUGGAAAUGUUGAACAAUGGAGAAAAGAAAUGUUAUUAGAUGAAAUUACUGAUGAUCCAGAAAAUCAAAAUACAAAUACGAAUAAUAAUAAUAAUAAUCAAAAGAUUGAAUCAAAUUUUAAUAAUGAUCCAAAUUUUAAUAUGAAAUCUGGAGAAUCUAUAUUGACAACAAGUCUAAGUGGUAGUGAAGCAUUUGGAGAUUCAUUAUUGCCUCAUUUAAUUAUUCCUAAAUUGGAUUUCCAAGUUCACAAUUUAUUCUGUAUUGGGUCACCCAUUGGUCUAUUAUAUACGAUCAGAGGUCAUACCCACCUUUCCAUUCCAAAAUGUAUAAAUCUAUUUAAUAUUUUAGAUCCAUCUGAUCCUGUUGCAUAUUUAAUUGAACCUUUAAUUGAUGAAGGGUUUGCAACUUUGGGUGAAUCUUUGGUACCACAUAUGGUACCAUUAAAGAAACCUCAUCACCAUCAUCAUCAUCACCAUAAUCAUCAUAAUCAUCAUCAUAAUAAUCAUAGUAAUAAUAAUAAUAAUAAUAAUACAAAACCAACAAUUACUGAUAAUCUUAGUUCAAAAUUUAGUAAAUUGACAACAAAAUUACACAGUAAAUUACGUGGUAAUGGUACAACUACAACUACAACUACAACCACUACAAAUGUAGCACAUCAAUUGACAGGCAGUUCACACAAGGGUAAUAAUUCAGAGGAAUUUGAAUUAAAAUCAUAUUCCUCUUCUUCAACCUCUACUAUAUCCACAUCUACAUCUAAUAAUAAUAAUAAUCAAACAAAUCCAUCACCAACUUUAUCAUUGACUUCUACGACCAGUACUACCAAUUCUUCAUCAGAUGAAGGUGAAUGUAGUUUUUCUGAUCAAACAUCAAUAGCAACAAUUGCAACAGAUGAAUAUAAUGUCAAUAAUAAUAAUAAUAAUAAUAAUGUACCAACUAUAAAUGUAACAUCGGCAGAAUCAUCACCAGAAAUUGGACCAACAGAAGCUGGAAAUGAAAAGAAACAGAAAACUAAAAAAGAUAGUAAAGAAACUACCACCUCUACCACCUCCACCAAAGAUGGAAAGUUUUUUGGAGGACAUCGAUUUGAUUAUAAAUUACAACCAUCUGGAUUCUUAAACUCAACCACGAUAUCGGAAUAUAUAAAGAUGUAA